AUGUCACGAUGGUAUAUAGGUGGCAAGUCCACCUAUGCGGAGAAAUUUGAUGAUGAGAAUUUAAUCCUGAAGCAUAUGGGUCCUGGCAUCUUGUUCAUGGCAAACGCUGUACCCAACACAACAGUUCCCAGUUUUUCAUCUGUAAUGCCAAGAUUGAGUGGCUGGAUGACAGUGAAGGCUGGAGUGAACAGAUUUGGUCAUACUGGGCACCUGGUCACCAGGGCUGCUUUGUACUCUGGCAAAGUGGAUGUUGUCACCGCCAAUGAUCCUUUCACUGACCUCAACUACAAGGUCUACAUGUUCCAGUAUGAUUCUACUCAUGGCAAGCUCAAAGGCACAGUGAAGGCUGAGAACAGGAAGCAUGUCAUCAAUGGAAAGUCCAUCUCCAUCUUCCAGGAACGAGAUCCUGCCAACAUCAAACAGGGUGAUGCAGGUGCUGAAUAUGUUGCAGAGUCUACUGGUGUCUUCACCAUCAUGAAGAAGGCUGGGGCUCACUUCAAGAGUGGAGCCAAAAAGGUCAUCACCUCUGCCCCUUCUGCAGAUGCACCCAUAUUUGUGAUGGGUGUGACCCAUGACGAGUAUGACAACUCCACGAAGACUGUCAGCAAUGCCUCUUGCACCAACUGCUUGGCCUCCCUGGCCAAGGUCAUCCAUGACAACUUUGGCAUCGAUGGAGACUCCACAGUCCAUGCCAUCACUGCCACCCAUAAAACCAUGGGUGGCCCCUCUGUCAAGCUGUGGUGUGAUACCCAAGGGGCUGCCCAGAACAUCAUCCCUGUCACUGGCACUUCCAAGGCUGUGGGCAAGGUCAUCACUGAGCUGAAUGGGAAGCUCACUAGCAUGGCCUUCUGUGUCCUCACCCACAAUGCGUCAGUUGUGGAUCUGACCUACCCUGUGGAGAAAGCUGUCAAAUACAAUGACAUCAAGAAGGUAGUGAAACAGGCAUCAGAGGGCCCCCUCAAGGACAUCCUGGGCUACACUGAGGACCAAGUUGUCUCUGGCGACUUUAACAGGGACCCCCACUCCUCCACCUUCAGUGCUGGGGCUGGCAUUGCCCCCAAUGACCAGUUUGUCAAGCUCAGUUCUUGGUAUGACAAUAAAUUUGGCUAUGGCAACAGGGUGGUGAACCUUAUGGUCCACAUGGCCUCCAAGGAAUAAGAGCCCCCUGAACCAUCAGCCCCAGUGACAGGAAGAGAGACCCCCAGUUGCUGGGGAGUCCUUGCCCCAAAUCAAUCCCCCAACACAGUGAGAAUCUCCUGAUCUCCAGUUUCCAUCCUAGACCCCCCUGAAGACAGGAGGGGCUUAGGGAGCCCUGCCUUGUCAUGCACCAUCAAUAAAGUUCACUGUACCCAGCCAAAA